UUCACAGUAACUGAAAAACAAUUAAGAAAAUAUAAUUCAGUAUGGAACCAUUAAGAAAUACUAUUAAUGAUCGCGCAGUAAAUUCCAAGUAUGAUCAAGCAAUUGUUAAACAAGAAAACAUUUAUGUCAUUGAUGUUAACAAAGUUAUUAAAAGUGAAUAUGUUGAUGAAACAGACCACAAUAAUGAUAGUUCAUUAUUAGAAACAGAAACUAAAUGUAAAACUGAAGAAAAAGUAAACACUACAGAUAGCGAAAUAAAAAUUGAGAAAAAUGUUGGUGACGGUAAUAACUUUGAAGGGACAGUUUUUAGUCAAAGCCAUUCUUCAAAACUUAUUAACCAUGUGAAUCUGGACAAAAAAUCUACCGAAAGAGAAUUCAUUUGUGAUAAAUCUUUUCAUAUUAAAUCACAAGUGAGAAAACACAUACAGUCUGUCUGUAAUAAAACUUUAAAAGUUCACACGAGGACACACACUGGAGUAAAACCUUUUAGAUGUGGUAUGUGUAAACGAACUUUUUCUACAUCAUCAAGUUUAAAUGUGCAUGGAAGGACACAUACCGGGGAAAAGCCAUUCAAAUGUAAUAUUUGUAGUCAAACGUUUUCUCAAUCAGCAACUUUAAAAAAUCACACGAGGAAACACACUGGAGAAAAACCUUUUAGAUGUAAUAUUUGUAAUCUAACGUUUUCCCAAUCAACAACUUUAAAAGUUCACUCGAGGACACACACCGGUGAAAAGCCAUUCAAAUGUGAUAUUUGUAGUAAAACGUUUUCUCAAUUAGCAGCUUUAGAAGUUCACAAGAGGAAACAUACCGGUGAAAAGCCAUUUAAAAGUGGUAUUUGUAAUCGAACUUUUUCUUGUGCAUCACAUUUGAAAUACCAUACUACGACACGCACUGAAGAUAAACCUUUUAGAUGUGAUAUUUGUAGUCAAACGUUUUCUCAAUCAACAACUUUAAAAGCUCACACGAGGACACAUACUGGCGAAAAGCCAUUUAAAUGUGAUAUAUGUGGUGCAGCGUUUUCUCAAUCAUUUAGUUUAACAGUGCAUAAGAGAAAACAUACAAAAGAAAUGCCAUUUAAAUGUGGUAUCUGUAAUCGAACUUUUUCUUAUGCAACACAUUUUAGAUAUCAUACUAUGACACACACUGAAUAAAAAACCUUUUAGAUGUGAUAUCUGCGGUAAAGGGUUUCCUCGUUUAACAUUUUUAAAAGUUCAUAAGAGAACACAUAAUAGAGAAAAGCCAUUUAAAUGCAGUGUCUAUAAUAAAGCAUUUUAUCAAUCGUUAAAUUUAAAAGUUCAUACGAGAACGCACAUUGGAUAAAAAUCCAUUUUAAAUUCAAUUUAAAUCCAGACUUCAAAUGUACACAAAAAAACGAACAAAUAAUGUUAUAAUCACUUUCUUUAAACACUGACGUCUAUUGGCAAUCGAGUCACAAUUCUCUUUAUGUAUGAAUUGUACUAUCAGUAAUAUCGAUAUUAAGCUUAACCCAGUUACAUUUUUCUUACUGACUAA